AUAAAAUAUGUAAAGACAGAUUAUUAUCUCUGCUAAAGCCCACAAUUUGCUGAAUUUUGAUUGGGCGAUUUAAACGCAUGCGCAACAUAGUUCAUGGAUAACACCCAUAUAAAACGUCAUCAUCAAGCAACCAUAUAUCAUAAUAAACAAGUAUGCGAUGUGGUCGUGUGUAGUUAGCUAACAUUAUGUGCAAUUGAAACACCCAGGUUUUGAGUUGAGAUAUUUCCAGAUGUUUAUUACUUUGUUAGAUAUCGGUUCUAUUUGAUAGCGCUUUAUUUUUUUGUUUAUUUCAACCGCAGUUCACUGUUGUUAGCCAGCUUAUGCAGAUACUUUAGAUUGCGGAUGAAAGUUAUCCAAUCCAUAUUCCAUUUAAUUAUUUUGGGGAUAUAUUCAACGUCAGUGAAUAUACGUUUAUUACCUUCUAAACUGUGGGAAGGGGAUACACUUCCAAACGCUCUGUGAUGGUGCUUCCCUUGGUAGAUCUUUGUGCCAAGGAGGUGGUGAGUGAUCACAGUUCCUCUCCAGGCUGGCUUGGUUGCGUACCCAGGGAACUGUACAGACCUCUUCUGGAUGCUGCCUUCACCAACUGUCGCCCGCUAGCUGUCGGGGAGUUGGUGCAGCGAUGGCCGGAGCGGACUCUGCGGGUUGGCGGCCGGAGGAGGCAGGGUCAGAGUCCCCCAAAUCGACUGUGUGUCCAGGCUCUCUUGCUUGCAGUGGUAAGAGGAUUGGCGGACAAGAGGUGUGCUCUCCAGGUGCUGGAUCUCUGUGGGCUGCAGAGUGAGGAGGGGGGAGUGGGGGACCCUAUGGGCGGUUGGUCCCUGACCGUAGCCCUCUGCACCAUGGUUGUACAGGCCAGGGCCGGAGCUCAGAGGGCUCUCAGGAGGGAUGGAGAGCGGGAGAGGAAGAGAGUGGCGGCCAUGGAGAGGGAGAAAGACCUUGUCAAACGAGAAAGGGAGAAGCCAGCGAACGAGGAGGAAGAAGGAGGCAGGCCGCUGGCGAAGUGUGUGAGAACCGAGAAGGCGGGUCCUGAAACGUCCGGGUGUCCGGGAGAGGGGGAGCGGGUCAAGGGGGUGAGGAGAAGGAUGGAGAUGGAGAGACGGAAGGAGAGCGCGGCGGCGCCGGUCGGCGGCUCGGCUGGCGAGGAGUCUGACCACUCUGAGGACACCGAGGUGGUGGUGGUGCACGUGCGGGCCGACCUCUUCGUGAACGCCCGCUCCUGGGACCGCGCGCGCGCAGCCCUGGGCACGCCGGGCCCCCUGAAGCUGCAGUGCAGGUACAUCCGCGUGGAGGAGCUCUCCGUCUCCAGCAUCAGAUCCCUGCUUGACCUCCUGCCGCGCAGCUGCCUCAUGGGAGUGGACAUCCGCUACAGCUGCCUGGGGGUGGCCGGCCUGGCUCUCCUCCUGCCUCAGCUCGCCGCGUUCCCCGCGCUUUCUUCCCUGCGCCUGCACUACUGCAACCUGGACGUCCGCAGGGACAUUGCCGGCCAGGAGGGGGCGUUGAGGGACUUGUCCCGGGGGCUGGGACAGCUCGGCCAGUUGCGCCGCCUCAGCCUUACUGCCCUCCGGCUACCCGGACACCUAAGGAUGUUGCUCAGCUCUCUGUCCCAACCACUCGAGGUCCUGGAGCUCCCUUACCUGAGUCUGACCCCGGCCGACCUCGCCUACCUGUCCUGCAGCCCGCACGCCUCCUCGCUGCAGCAGCUGGACCUGAGCGAGAACCGUCUGGACGAGUCGGCCGUGCCGUCGCUACGUCAGCUUCUGUCCCGGGCCUCCGGCUGCCUCGUGCACCUCUCCCUGAGCGGCUGCGGCCUCACCAACGAGCUGCUGGCGGCGCUGUUGCCGUCGCUCGCCCGCUGCCGGAGCCUGAAGAGCCUGGCGCUGGCCCUGAACCCGCUCCACCUGGCCGGGCUCCUGGAGCUGGUGAGGACGGCGGUCGGGAUGGCCUCCCUCCGGCAGCUGCUGUACCCCAAUCCCCUGGAGGACUACCAGCCCGGGCUGCCCCCCAUGCCGACCAGUGCCCAGCUGCUGGACUGGCCUCUGGAUGAGCUGGUGGCGGUCCAUGAGGCCACCAGUCUUCAGCUGGACAGGGUGGUGGGGGAGAGCGGCCGCUCGGACCUCUUCCUGACCAGCGACCUGCUCAACUACGAUAAAGGCUGUUGAAAGAACAAAUGGGGGACCCCCUACUUUUGGAGUCUAUCUGUGCCUGCCUGCCGACAAUCACUAAUAAUAAUUAAUGUAAAACUUAUUUCUCAAUGUUUGAAUACCUCAGUAUUGUCGGCAAUACUUUUUAGAAUGCUAAACAGGCUGGUGAAGGGAGUACAGCAAUGGCUGGAAUGGAGUUGAUGAAAUCGUUUGUUUUCAAAAUGGUUCCAUUCAUUCUGUUCUAGAAAUGUCCUACGAGAUAAUCCUCCCAUUCAAAGUGCCACCAUCCACCACAUGUAAAAUAUUUCUUAUUACACUAUGCGGACAUCUAGAAGAAAGCAAAACAACUGAUAUUCACCCAGUUCAGAUGAGUAUCAGCGUCUUGGACGAAAAUACUUCAACAGAUGUUACUUAAAUGCCAACAGAAACUCUGAAUAGUUGUUUACAUAUUCAGUUGUGGAUACACUGUACGUAUGUCUGUGCCAAAUGUCACUGGAUAUCCUCUAAUUAUAAGCAGGGGUAACAUAGCUCGGAUAGAGAGAUCGUUAUCACUCCAGACCCACCAAGUUAAGGUUACAACCUCUACGGUUGUGAUGCUCACCGUUUACGUCAUAUGCUUUCCCAUUUACCACAAGUGCCCGUGUAUAACUGUUGCCUAAAAACAGCAGGCGAUGUGGUUGGUUGACACACCUCCAUUAGCCCUAGUUAAUCAGAAAACAUUUGAUCAUGUGAUAUGUUACCGACAUAUUGUGAAUGCAGCAAUCAUAUUGAGAGCGAUAACCCUGAUUGUUUGUGGUGGCCAUCGGCUUUAUGAUUUCAAAGCUUUCUACGAACUCUGACAAGGCAGAUAUGUUUUCUAAGAAGGACAUUAUAUUACUGUAUGCAUC